CCUCGGCUGGUGGUGCCGGGUGCCAGGCGUGGUGACAGUGAGGUUCGGUGUCAUCAUUGACCGGGAGGCCUUCUCACCCCCGGUCCUGGAGCUGCUACUGCUGGCUGAGGAUAUUGGACUCCUCAAUGGCACAGCCGACCUGCUGGUCACCGUCCUGGAUGACAAUGACAACUGGCCCACCUUCAGCCCUCCCACCCUCACAGUCCACCUGCUAGAAAACUGCCCACCAGGAUUCUCAGUCCUUCAGGUCACAGCCACGGACAAGGACAGUGGCCUCAAUGGGGAGCUGAUCUACCGAAUAGAAGCGGGGGCUCAGGACCGCUUCCUCAUCCACCCAGUCACUGGGGUCAUCCGUGUCGCCAAUGUCACCAUCGACAGGGAGGAGCAGGAAUCCUACAGGCUGACAGUGGUGGCCACCGACAGGGGCACCAUCCCUCUCUCCGGCACGGCCAUCAUCACUAUCCUUAUCGACGACAUCAAUGACUCCCGCCCGGAGUUCCUCAACCCCAUCCAGACGGUGAGCGUGCUGGAGUCAGCUGAGCCAGGCACGGUCAUUGCCAACGUCACUGCCGUUGACCGCGACCUCAACCCAAAGCUGGAAUACCACAUCAUCGGCAUCGUGGCCAAGGACGACACUGACCGCCUGGUGCCCGACCAGGAGGAUGCCUUUGCUGUGAAUAUCAACACAGGGUCCGUAAUGGUGAAGUCCCCGCUGAACAGGGAGCUGGUUGCCACCUAUGAAGUCACUCUCUCGGUGAUUGACAAUGCCAGUGACCUACCAGAGCGCUCUGUCAGCGUGCCAAACGCCAAGCUGACAGUCAACAUCCUGGACGUCAAUGACAAUACGCCCCAGUUCAAGCCCUUCGGGAUCACCUACUACACAGAGCGGAUCCUGGAGGGGGCCACCCCAGGCACCACGCUCAUUGCUGUGGCCGCCACGGACCCGGACAAGGGCCUCAAUGGGCUGAUCACCUACACUCUGCUGGACCUGAUGCCCCCAGGCUAUGUCCAGCUGGAAGACUCCUCAGCAGGGAAAGUCAUUGCCAACCAGACGGUGGACUUUGAGGAAGUGCACUGGCUCAACUUCACUGUGAGGGCCUCAGACAAUGGGUCUCCGCCCCGAGCAGCUGAGAUCCCCGUCUACCUGGAGAUCGUGGACAUCAAUGACAACAACCCCAUCUUUGACCAGCCUUCCUACCAGGAAGCUGUCUUUGAGGAUGUGCCUGUGGGCACGGUCAUCCUGACCGUCACCGCCACAGAUGCUGACUCGGGCAACUUUGCCCUCAUUGAGUACAGCCUCGGGGAUGGAGAGGGCAAGUUUGCCAUCAACCCCACCACGGGUGACAUCUAUGUGCUAUCCUCUCUGGACCGGGAGGAGAAGGACCACUAUAUUCUGACGGCCUUGGCCAAAGACAACCCUGGAGAUAUAGCCAGCAACCGUCGAGAAAAUUCGGUGCAGGUGGUGAUCCAGGUGCUGGACGUCAAUGACUGCCGGCCACAGUUCUCCAGGGCCCAGUUCAGCACAAGCGUGUAUGAGAACGAGCCGGCAGGCACCUCAGUCAUCACCAUGAUGGCCACCGACCAGGACGAGGGCCCCAAUGGGGAGUUGGCCUACUCACUUGAGGGCCCUGGUGUGGAGGCCUUCCACGUGGACAUGGACUCAGGUCUGGUGACCACAAAGCGGCCGCUACAGUCCUACGAGAGGUUCAACCUGACCGUGGUGGCCACGGAUGGCGGACAGCCCCCACUCUGGGGCACCACCAUGCUCCUGGUGGAGGUCAUCGACGUCAACGAUAACCGCCCUGUCUUCGUGCGCCCGCCCAACGGCACCGUCCUCCACAUCAGAGAGGAGAUCCCGCUGCGCUCCAAUGUAUAUGAGGUCUAUGCCACAGACAAGGACGAGGGCCUCAAUGGGGCUGUGCGCUACAGCUUCCUGAAGACGGCGGGCAACCGGGACUGGGAGUACUUCACCAUCGACCCCAUCAGCGGCCUCAUCCAGACAGCUCAGCGCCUGGACCGCGAGAAACAGGCCCUGUACAGCCUCAUCCUGGUGGCGAGCGACCUGGGCCAGCCAGUGCCAUACGAGACCAUGCAGCCGCUGCAAGUGGCCCUGGAGGACAUCGACGACAACGAACCCCUCUUUGUGAGGCCUCCAAAAGGCAGCCCCCAGUACCAGUUGCUGACAGUGCCCGAGCACUCUCCACGCGGCACCCUCGUGGGCAACGUGACAGGCGCCAUGGACGCGGACGAGGGCCCCAACGCCAUCGUGUACUACUUCAUUGCAGCCGGCAACGCAGAGAAGAACUUCCAUCUGCAGCCUGACGGGCGCCUGCUGGUGCUGCGGGACCUGGACCGGGAGCGGGAAUCUGUCUUCUCCUUCAUCGUCAAGGCCUCGAGCAACCGCAGCUGGACACCCCCGCGGGGGCCCUCCCCGGCCCUCGACCUGGUCACCGACCUCACCCUGCAAGAGGUGCGCGUCGUGCUAGAAGACAUCAACGACCAGCCCCCGCGCUUCACCAAGGCCGAGUACACCGCAGGAGUGGCCACCGAUGCCAAGGUGGGCUCAGAGUUGAUCCAGGUGCUGGCCCUGGAUGCAGACAUUGGCAACAACAGCCUCGUCUUCUACAGCAUCCUGGCCAUCCACUACUUUCGGGCCCUCGCCAAUGACUCUGAGGACGUGGGCCAGGUCUUCACCAUGGGGAGUGUGGAUGGUAUCCUGCGCACCUUCGACCUCUUCAUGGCCUACAGCCCCGGCUACUUUGUGGUGGACAUCGUGGCCCGGGACCUAGCAGGCCACAACGACACAGCCAUCAUCGGCAUCUACAUCCUGAGGGAUGACCAGCGUGUCAAGAUCGUCAUUAAUGAGAUCCCCGACCGUGUGCGUGGCUUUGAGGAGGAGUUCAUCCGCCUGCUCUCCAACAUCACUGGUGCCGUCGUCAACACUGAUGAUGUGCAGUUCCAUGUGGACAAGAGGGGUCGGGUGAACUUCGCACAGACCGAGCUGCUCAUCCAUGUGGUGAACCGCGAUACCAACCGCAUCCUGGACGUGGACCGGGUGAUCCAGAUGAUUGACGAGAACAAGGAGCAGCUACGGAAUCUCUUCCGGAACUACAACGUUCUGGAUGUGCAGCCUGCCAUCUCUGUCCGGCUGCCCGACGACAUGUCCGCCCUGCAGAUGGCGAUCAUUGUCCUGGCCAUUCUCCUCUUCUUGGCGGCCAUGCUCUUCAUCCUCAUGAACUGGUACUACAGGACUGUACACAAAAGGAAGCUCAAAGCCAUUGUGGCUGGCUCAGCAGGGAACCGUGGUUUCAUUGACAUCAUGGACAUGCCCAACACCAACAAGUAUUCCUUUGAUGGAGCCAACCCCGUGUGGCUGGAUCCUUUCUGUCGGAACCUGGAGCUGGCUGCCCAGGCUGAGCAUGAGGACGACCUGCCAGAGAACCUGAGUGAGAUUGCAGACCUCUGGAAUAGCCCCACCCGCACCCAUGGAACUUUUGGGCGUGAACCGGCAGCAGUCAAGCCUGAUGAUGACCGGUACCUGCGGGCAGCCAUCCAGGAGUAUGACAACAUUGCCAAGCUGGGCCAGAUCAUUCGGGAGGGACCCAUCAAGGGCUCGCUGCUCAAGGUGGUCCUGGAGGAUUACCUGCGGCUCAAAAAGCUCUUUGCACAGCGGAUGGUGCAAAAAGCCUCCUCCUGCCACUCCUCCAUCUCUGAGCUGAUCCAGACGGAGCGGGAGGAGGAGCCGGGGGAGCGCAGCCCCGCCCAGGGCAGCCUGCGCUUCCGCCACAAGCCGCCCACAGAGCUGAAGGGGCCCGACGGCAGCCACAUAGUGCACGGCAGCACUGCCACGCUGCUGGCCACUGACCUUAACAGCCUGCCCGAGGACGACCAGAAGGGGCUGGGCCGCUCGCUGGAGACCCUGACCACGGCGGAAGCCAGUGCCUUCGAGCGCAACGCCCGCACGGAGUCGGCCAAAUCCACACCCCUGCACAAGCUUCGUGAUGUGAUCCUGGAGAGCCCCCUGGAGAUCACGGAGCUAUGA